AUGGUCAAGGAGGAAUGGAGAGAGCUGGGAGAGAUGCAAUUCACUGAUAAGCUGAAGGCUAUAACGGGUCCUUUGGGGAUAUGGCACAGGGAUAAUUUUGGUCACAUGGACAAGAAAAUCAUGAAGUUUGAGGAAGAGAUCAAGAAGAUUGAUGAUAUGGUGAGUAAUGUGACACAUGAUGGUGUAGUGGAAGCAAGAAAGAGGGCGUUAGUUACUUGUUGCGAGAAGUGGUAUGUGAGGAAAGAACUACAUUGGAAGCAGAUGUCGCGGUCUAGGCAUGCAAGGCACAUGGAUAAAAACACAAGAUAUUUUCAUAACUUAGCUUCUGCCAGAAGGAGGAAUAAUAGGAUUGAUGCUUUGGUUAUUAAUGGAAGAUUGAUAAGGAAUCAAGCUAGGAUCAAAAUUGCCAUCAGAGAGUUUUACAAGGAAUUAUACCAUCAAGAGAAGUCUCCUAUGGUGAGAUUCAGAGACGGGCUGGUGGAAAGGAUCAAUGAGGGGUAUGCUAUAGAGUUAGAGAGGCUACCAACUUCUAAGGAGGUUAGGGAGGCAGUGUGCGAUUGUGAAUCGUCCAAGGCUCCAGAAAGUGACGGGUACAAUAUGAAUUUCAUUAAGAAGUGUUAG